AUGAGUACAGAAGGCGUUUUAAACAUUCAAUAUGUUUAUACUGUAUGGCAAGCCAUGAACAGGAGAGAACCAAGAAUUAACAACAUCGUUUUUGAUGGACAAACAGCCGUGAUUCAUUUAACACAGACCAUUUCACCUUGUGUUUUCCCUUCUUUUAUCCAGUUAGAAAUACCUUCUAUUACCACACUUUACUUUAAGGAAACAGAUCAAGAUAGCGGUUUAUUAAAGAUAUAUCGACAGGAAGAUAGUUGGACUCUUGAAGGGAUUCUUCAAUCUGUACCACUUGUAUCGUUUUGGUAUGAUCAUGUAUUACGUCUCAUUAUGGGCAAACUUGUAACAACGACAGGUGAUUUACUAGAUGCAGCCAUUCAACAGGCUGAGAAAAUGACACUACGUGGUCAAGAAAUUCAACGUAUUGGACGUGAUUUGGCAAUAGAAAAUAUGGAGAAAUUGGACGAAUAUAAACUUGAUUUACAUGAGAAUUAUCUUAAAGGCAUAAGAAAUUGGCGAGAAUCAUGCAUUGAUGACAUGGACUAUUCUACAGGUUCUCCUUAUUUAAUCAAAGAAAGUUUUCAUGAUGAUAUUGAUGGUGAACGAUUUGAUUAA